AUGGCGGACAACAUCCUACUACUGCUAGGGGCAGCUUUCAUCGCUAGUUCUGUCUUCCUUCUGUUUUUCCGGCGAGGUAGAGGCAACAUCAUUCUAGAGCGACUCCAGAUCAGUCGUCGAAGAGCGUCUGGUGCUAAAACUCCUCCGCGAUCUCUAUCUCCAGGCAAGAAAAGGCUUCCAGAAGCCGGCUACCCGGACACUUUCCCCCCCUCACGGCGUUUUACCUUGGCUGAUACCGAUGUACCCUCAAGUCUGGGCAAGACGCCGGAGAAAUUGGCUGCAUCACAACCAGGUUGGACGAAAAACAUGCUACCCCUGGAAGCGUCCUAUCUGGAUGCAAACGAGUCAUUGCACACUCCUUGUGAAUUCAUGGUCGGGGAGAUCAAGGCUCUUGGAGACUUUCCAGACUACGCAACGCUUAGUGGAGUACCCCUCCCGAAGCCGUACCCCGAGUUCCGCAUCGAAAAGGCGAUGCCAAGACCAUAUCGACCAUUCCGUUGGGCUUACCAUCAGACAAUGUCGCUCACCAAGUUGGAGCCCGAUUGGUGGCUAGAGAUUGAGAGUACAUACGAGCAGCGUAUCAAGCAGCGACAAGAGCUAUACAAAGAACACGGCGAUUCAGUGCUACGAGCGCUUCCUGGGUCCGAGUUAGCCUGUAAAGAACUCAUGGAGAUGGCCUUGCAAUUCGUCUGUGCACGAUACCCGCACUACUUCACACUAGACACAAAGAAUAUGAUCUUCUUUAAUGGCAUCUUGAAGACAGAGACGGACCUCAAGGCCACACAACCCCUCCACGUCUUACUCAACAACAUUCCUGAGGAUUUCGCUAUCACGCUACGCGAUGACAAGACGGGAUUCUAUUCAUUCCGGGCCGGCAUCGUUUGCAGUGCGUUGGGUUGGAAUGUUGGGACAAAGAUCGGACUGAGGUUAGAUGAAAUUCAUGCACCUAUACCGGACUACAAGGAAAAGAUGCAGUUCUCUAUGGACAGGUACUUUGCAAAGAAACCCACCGACAAAGCCAUUCAGCGAGGUUCCUGGGGCCUAGAGGUUGACCAGCCACUUUACAUGCCCCCAGGCCAUCCACAUGAAAAACACCGCGAAUACCAAAUGUCCGACCUCGAACUUGCACGAUGUCAUCUACGCGUCGACUGGCAAACACUCCGCCGACUACCCCUUUCAGCUGGCAUAGUCUUCAAUUUCAAAGCUCUGUUCACCCCAGUCGAGGAAUUCCGCAACGAAGUAUAUGUUCCUGGGCUUCUGUUGAAGGUAUUAAACAAUGGAAAGAAGAACCUCAUGGAUUACAAAAGUACGUGGCACGUGGAGCAUGUUGUCAAGCCGGCCUUGGAGAAAUUCCAUAAAGAGCAAGUGGAGAAAGGCUUGGUACCCGAGGACUGGGAGCCGCAUACACUAGAGGAGAGCCCUUGGUUUCCGGGGUGGGAGGAGAAGUGGCAUGGAAAACAAGGUUUCUAA